CGGUGAUCUAAGUGGGAGGUCGCUCAACAGCUCCUUUCUCUUGAUUCAGCCCGGACGCCGGUCGAUUCCCACUUCCACCAGCAUGGCUUACCACCGACACUCGGGUCCCAGCAGCUACACCGUGGGCACCAUGUCCGAGCGCUUCGACUGCCACUACUGCCGCGCCGCGCUGCAUGGGAAGAAGUACGUGCAGAAGGAAGGGCGCCACUGCUGCGUCAAGUGCUUUGAGAAGUUCUGCGCCAACACCUGCGCCGAGUGCCGGAAGCCCAUUGGGGCCGAUUCCAAGGAGCUGCACUUCAAGAACCGCUACUGGCACGACAACUGUUUCCGCUGCUUCAAGUGUUCCGCAUCCCUGGUCAACGAGCCCUUCAUGCUGAAGGAGAACAACAAGGUGUGGUGUAACAAAUGCACCACCAACGAAGAUGCGCCGAAAUGCAAAGGCUGCCAGAAGCCCAUUGUGGCAGGUGAUCAGAACGUGGAAUACAAGAAGACCGUCUGGCACAAGGAUUGUUUCAUUUGCAGCCAUUGCAAGCAAGUGAUUGGCACCGCCAGCUUCUUCCCCAAAGGAGAUGAGAUCUAUUGCGUCUCCUGCCACGAGCAAAAGUUUGCCAAGAACUGCGUGAAGUGUAAGAAUGCCAUCACCUCUGGAGGCGUCUCCUACCAAGACCAGCCUUACCAUGCCGAGUGCUUCGUGUGUGCUACUUGCACCAAGAAGCUGGGCGGACAACGCUUCACCGCGGUGGAAGACCAGUUCUACUGCGUGGAUUGCUACAAGUCUUUCGUGGCUAAGAAAUGCAACGGUUGCAAGAACCCCAUUACAGGCUUUGGGAAAGGCACCAACGUGGUGAGCCACGAGGGCCACUCCUGGCACGAGUACUGCUUCAACUGCAAGAAGUGCUCCAUCCCUUUGGCCAACAAGCCUUUCGUCUUCCACCUGGAGCAGGUCUACUGCCCCAACUGCGCCAAGAAGCUGUAAAAGGGGACGGCGAAGCGAAGGGCAGCAGCAGGAAACGCUCCGCUCUUUCCCGCAUAGCAGCUUGGAGACACCCCCACCCGCCUCCCGCCUCAGCUUGCAAGUGGCCUGGCUGUAGGCAUUUGCAUUGUAGCUCCUCCCCAAGCCCACCCCUCUUUUUUUUUGCUUUUCUAAAGGAUGUUAAGGCUCUUCCCUCUCUCCCACCCCCUCCUCUUCCCUCUUUCCCCCCUCAAUUCCCUCUGCGGGUCAUGUUCUAAUAAAAAGGUUGACUAGCUGCAGCAGCCAGCUCUGCUCUCUGCUCCCUCCUGAAGAGGGGCGGGCUACAUCUUACACGUUCCACGUAGAGUCACUCCGGGCUUUGCGCAUCGGACUUUGUACUUGAGAGACCGCCUGCUGCCAAUUACCUCCCACAGACCCAUUAGAUCUCACAGGGUCGGCCUCCUCCGG